AUGGAUAUUCGGUUUGAUCCUCAUACUCCACCGUUCGAACCAAGGCCGAAGCUGAAACUGGGCGAAUUCGAGCUAACCGAAACUUUGGGAUCAGGGACUUUUGGAAAAGUAAAAGUUGGUGUUCAUGAGGUGACUGGUUAUAAAGUUGCAAUCAAAAUGAUGUCACGCGCAGUUAUAAAGCAUUUGGAUGUCGCCAAUAAAAUUCGUCGCGAGAUCCAGAAUUUAUCCCAAUUUUCUCAUCCACACAUAAUUCAGCUUUAUGCCGUAGUUUCAACUCCUACGCACAUAUUCAUGGUGAUGGAAUACGUAUCCGGUGGCGAAUUGUUUGAAUAUAUCGUGAAGAAAGGAAGUCUCAACACCAACGACGCUCGGCGUUUCUUUCAACAAAUUAUUUCCGGCGUCAGCUACUGCCACAAUCAUUUUGUUGUUCAUCGAGAUCUUAAACCCGAAAAUCUCUUGCUCGACAAAGAUCUCAAUGUGAAAAUUGCUGAUUUUGGGCUAUCGAACAUGAUGCGUGACGGGGAUUUUCUGAGGACCAGUUGUGGAUCUCCAAAUUAUGCCGCACCGGAAGUUAUUAGUGGCAUGCUUUACUGUGGGCCCGAAGUGGACAUAUGGUCGUGUGGAGUCAUUCUUUUUGCUCUUCUUUCGGGAAGACUUCCUUUUGACGACGAUCAUAUUCCAGCUCUUUUUCGUAAGAUUAAGGCCGGUGUUUUCACUAUUCCUCAGCACUUUGAUCAACUUGUAACCGAUUUAUUGAAGCGAAUGUUGGAAGUGGAUGCAACGAAACGUGCAAAAAUUCACGAAAUAAUCGUUCAUCCAUGGUUCAAUGUUGAUUUGCCGGGUCAUCUUUUUCCAAGCAAUAAUGAGACUUCAAAUAUUAUCGAUAUCCAUGUCGUUCGAGAUUUAGCCAAACAAUGUUCGGUCAGCGAGGAGGAACUCACAACCGUGUUGCUUUCUGACAAACCAUUUCAUCACUUCACCAUUGCUUACAAUGAGAUGGUCAAAAAUAAACGUCCAUCGACAGUUGGACCUUUCGCUGAUGAACACUCGAUAAACUUCAGAAGCGAGUCAUUUAUGGAUUUUCAAGACAUCCCCUUAUUUGGGGUCGGCUCUCCUCCAUCGCAGUCAUUCCUCAAUGCGUCUCCAUUGUCAACGAGCAGGAUGAGUUCACCCCUGCCACAGCGUGAUUUCUCGCCUAUGCUAAUUCGUGGACAAUGCAACAAUAAUCAUGCCGCAUCUCCUAAUGGAAACAACGAGAAGAGCGAUAAAUGGUACUUGGGUAUUCGAAGCUCAGCAAAUCCAGCCGACAUAAUGCUGCAAAUAUUCAACACCUUAUCAAGACUCAAUUUUGAAUGGAUUACUGUUGACGUGUAUCAUCUUAUUGUCCGAAAGAAAGUUGAUGUUGAAAAGAAUGGAGUCGCUUAUGAUUCGCCGUCGAUCGCCUUACAAUUAUUUAAGGUUCGCAGCGACUAUUACAUUCUCGAUUUCAAAAAUGUUGUUGAUGAUCAAGCUGCUACGUCAACGGCACCAACACCAAGUGAUUCGUAUGCCGAACUCGAGAAUUUGACAAUUGAGCAAUUACAAAAUGAAGUAUCUGCGUAUGUGACCCCGCGUGGUAGAACGAUGCCUUUCUUUGAAGCUUGCUCGGAACUUUUGCUCAGCUUGGCUUGUAAA